GCCGCCCUUUGUAGACGCUCCCCGGCGAGCCGGCAGCCGAGCCCGUCGCGUCCCGCCCCCACGCGGGGCUGCCGGGGCCCUGCCGGGCGGCAUGGCAAGAUGGCUGCAGCCAGCCCUGGGACCUCCUUGGCCCUGAACUGCCAGGCUAGGGAGCCCUGCCAGCCCUCCCUCCGCCAGGCCGGAGUCCGGUCCCGGGAGCCAUGGCCCCCCGCAGAGAACGACAGGUCCCAGUGAUCCAGAUGGUCCGAGGGUUGCCUCUGGCCUCCUCUCUUCUGCUGCUGCUGCUCUGCUGUCUGUGGGUGUUGGGGGCCGGCCCAAGCUUGGCCCUGGACCUCGACCUGCUGCUCGGACAUUGGCAGGUGUACCGGCUGCUGACCUUCCCACUGGGCCACACGGCCCUCCCGGCCCUGUUGCUGAGCCUGCUUCUCUUCCCCACCCUGGGCUGGUAUCAGGAGAGCCACCUGGGCACCUUGCGCUACGUCCACACCUCGGCCCUGGGAGCCCUGGCCAUUGCGUUGCUCUACCUGCUCCUGGCUGGCCUCGGGGUGCCUGGGGCAGCAGGCAGGGGCUGCGGCUACACGCCUAUCCACCUGGCUCUGCUGGCAGCCCAGCACCGGAGCCGGACCAGGCUGCCUGGGGGGGUGGUGCCACCCCUGCUGCUGCUGGCUCUGAUGCACCUGGUGAGCUCUGAGCCCCCCUUCCUCCUUCAGCUGUGCGGCCUCCUCACUGGCCUGGCCUACUCUGCUGGGCUCUUCCGCCGACUGGAGCUCUCAGAGCGCCGGCUCCAAGCCCUCCAGAGAGCUGGUGUCUGCAGGGCACUGGAGGGGAGCUGCCUGCUAUGUUUCAUCCCAGCCCCAGGCAGCCCCCUGGAGCUGCCCAUCCUGCACCCCACUGGGCUGAGACAUCCAGAUCCUGGAUCUCUUGGGAAUCUGGUGCCAGGACUCUGGGCCUCCACCCUGGCCCCAGCCCCACUCUCUCCUGGCCUGGGGGCUGGGCCCUCCUUGUUUGAAGGGGCCCCAUCGUGGGAUGCCCCCAGCCUCCCGCUAGAGACCCCACUCUGGAGCCAGGGAGAUGCUGUGAAUGAUGAGCUGCUGCAGGCCGCCAUCCAGGCUUCCCUUCAGGAUGAGCCCUUACGGGCUACGGAGGAGCUGAGGUUGUCCAAGUCAUCCGUCUCUUCCCUAAGGCUACAGCAGCUGGAGCGCAUGGGAUUCUCUAUGGAGCAGGCGGUGGUAGCGCUCGCAGCUACUGGGCGCGUGGAAGGGGCUGUCUCACUUCUAGUGGAGGGGCAAGUAGGCGAUGCAGCCCAGGUGAUGCCAGCGGGCAGAAAUGAGCCUCCCAGGGAGGGCCCCCUUCCACCUGCCCAGAAACAGGAACCUGCCAGGCCUUAAGGAGCAUCCACCCCGAUCGCUGCACUGGAGCAAGAACAGAGGGGCAGCACGUGUGUGUAUGGGGGGCAGUGUCAGGGUGCAGGCUACUCUCAGAGGCCAUCCCCAUCAGCUCCCAGCAACACACACAUACACACAGACAUCCCCCUGCCGAAUAAAUCCAUUUCAUCUUUAA